UACAAGAAAUUGACGUAACUAUUUCUUAUUCUUCACUCCGAAUGAGACUGGAAGUAAUACCGUACCAAGUAUUCCUACCCAGUGCUUGAUAUUGAGUCGUAAUGGUCACAGAAUGUUUCCUGGACUCCGACAAUAAAAGACAUGAGUCAUCAAAUUGUCCGAGUUCAGUAUUCUUGUUUACAGAGUCAUUAUCAGUAUUGUCAUCCCAACAUUGUCUACUAUUUUCCUGGUACGGAUUCAUCCAUUAUUUCUAUAUUUUCUAUCGUAUGGAAAUAUUCUGCGUGUCUAUAUUGUUGACAGAAGAAUAAGAGCUAUUAGUCUUAGAUGCAUUUUGUAAAUAUUGUUUUAAGGUGGGUUAAAGGUCUCUUUAACCUCCUUCCACCCUUUUACUUCUAUUUCUUUCUCUUGUUUUCUGCCACAUCUCAAUACUCAAUACUUUAUUUCCUCUUUCUCAUCUGCUAUUCUUGGUAUUUUCAACAGGUCUCUUACCUAAUUUGCCUUUUGAUCUCUGAUGCAUCCAAUCAGUAAACCCCUUUUCCUAGCCACUAGCCUUUUUUACCGCAUAAACUGUACCUUUAAAAACAAACCUCAUUUAUUUUCCAGGUGUUCAGUGCGUUCAUGAUCGGAGUCUACAGCUAUGCAGUCCACUCCAGCUUCGAGAUGUUCGCGUUAUACCACGGCACUAGUGUGGGCAUCACGAUACCAGAGGGCGUGUGUGUCGCCAUCUACUGCAUAGAAUUUGUCUUCACUGUCGCCCUGCUGUAUGGAGCACAUAUGAAACUAAUGGAAUACGUCAAAGCGUACUACUACUUCGCUAUUACAACAACAGUGGCGGCCAUACUCAUACAACUGAUAGACUUCGCGGCAGCCUCCACCAGCCACCUCGGGUUGUACAUGGUGUUUGAAACUAUGCCGUUGAUGUUGGCGGGAGCAUGUAUCCAACUCUACCUCAUAAUCUUGAUAAGGAGUCUUUUAAAGAAGAUGGAGGUGUCAGGCCCUCAGGGCUACGAGAACCAGCUCCAGCAGAUCGUGUACGAUGGGAAAGUGGAAACCAAUGGAGUGUAUGAUUCUACUGUGGUUCCAGUAGAACUAUAGGCUUAGGAUUAACCCAAAUAAUUAGCCAAAGAGACUAAAUAUUU